AUGUCAAGUAUAACUACUAAGGCGUUUUACGGUUCAUCAAAACGUAGUUCGUUCCAUUUAAUACCAUCAACAUCUACAUCUAAAAAGGUUAGACGAGAACCAUGCCAUUUAAUUAAUGUUAAACGAUUGCUGGGACCUCCAAUUGGCUGGAAAAACUUUCCCAGGCAACAAGAAGCACUAGACUAUGCGAGAACUAAGUCAAAUGGUUGUAUGUCCUUUACAUAUGAACAAAGUAAUGGUCAACGAUAUUUUAUGGUUGCUCAUCCUGAAACCUUUUGGUACUACGACUCUCGUAAACCACAAAAUGAAAGACAUACUUAUGAGAUCAUACCAGAAAAUGAUCCAUGCAAAUUAUACUUUGAUUUAGAAUUUAAUCGAAAUGAAAAUCCAGAAUCAAAUGGCAUAAAAAUGUUAGAAACCUUUGUCAAAAUUAUUAUUAUGUUUAUCAAACAAAAAUUUGAUAUAGUGUGCAAAGAAGAAGAUGUUCUUGAUUUAGAUUCAUCCACUGCAGAAAAGUUUAGUCAUCACUUGAUCUUUCAAUCCAUUGUAUUCUCUAAUAAUUGCCAAGCCGKCUAUUUUGUUAGAUUUAUAUGCUGUGAAAUAAAAAAGUUUUUKUCAGAAGAUCACUGUCUAGAAGAUAAUGGAUGUUUUUACAGUGGGAUAACUACCAGAGAUCUUAUAAGUUUAAAAAUUCAACAAGGAUUAUUUUGUGAUGAAAGUGUGUAUUCAAGAAACAGACAUUUUAGAUUAUAUAAGUCAUCAAAAUUUAAAAAGAAUAUUCCAUUAGUCCUGAGCACUAUUAACAAGUUUAAACUUCCUGAAAUGGCUCAUUGUGAGGACUGUUUUGAUAAACAAAUAUUCCUAAAGUCYUUAAUAACAUUUGGUUGUGAUAAUAAUGUAUUAUUGAAUUUCACAAAUGUGACAAGUCAAAUUGUUGCAGAAUUACAUGACCGGGUACAUCUUAAUAAUAAAAAUCAAGGUGCAUGUCAGUCAUCUUAUAAAAGUUCUCCUUUUCCGAAAAUAGAUAAGUUUAUCUCCGAUCUUGUAUUUCCUGGAAACAUUUUCAAAAACCAUUAUUUUCCUUCAGUCAACAAAUUAGUUUACAGUAUUGUUAAAAACCGUUAUUGUGGAAAUGUUAAACGGCAACACAAAAACAAUAAUGUUAAGUACAUAGUGGAUUUGAAUGAAAUGUAUUGGUAUCAAAAAUGUUACGAUCCUGACUGUGAACAGUAUCGAUCAAAUGGCACUAAGUUACCAAAUGAAAUUUGUUUUGAGUAUGCAAAUCAUACAGUUGAUGAUUUAUCGGAUAGCCAAUUACUAAAAGUCGCAGAUGCUGUUCAAUUAUAA